UUUCCUUUGCAGGAGUUGGAAAGUUCAGCUCACCUGCUUAACCAACCCUACCUGUCCUCUUAGUUAUAGUUUCUCCAAAUCCAUUCCACACACCUCCUCAAGAAAACCACCUAUAAAACCACUCACAAUCUCCAGGUCCACUCAGAUCACAAUUCACACACCACCACCACCAAGCGGGAGCCACAGAGCCAGGCAGCAAGGCCAAGGCAAGAGCGAGCGAGGAGAAGGAGACCACCAGGCGGCGACCAAGAAAAGGAACGAUGGCGGCGAGAGCGGUGGCCACCCUGGCGGCGUCGUCGGCGAUGGUGCUGGCGGUCCUGCUACUGGCCGGCGGCGCGUCGGCGCAGUCGUCGCCGUCGAGCCAGUGCACGACGGUGCUGGUGAGCCUGUCGCCGUGCCUGAACUACAUCUCCGGGAACGAGUCGAGUGCGCCGGCGACGUGCUGCACGCAGCUGGCCAAAGUGGUGCAGUCGGACCCGCAGUGCCUGUGCGUGGCGCUGAGCGCCGACCCAGCGUCGCUGGGGCUCACCGUCAACCGCACCCGCGCGCUGGGCCUCCCCGACGCCUGCAAGGUCAAGACGCCCGACGUCAGCAACUGCAAGGGCGGCGCUGCCGCCGCCGGAGCACCGGUCACCUCGCCCGGCGGGACGACGACGACGACGACGACACCCGCCACGGGGUCCAAGACGACGCCCACGACGACGUCUGUGCCAGAAACCGCAGCUGCGUCGCCGCGGGGCUCGGCUGGUGUGGUUGCCGGCUUCGUCGUCGCGGCCGUUGUCGUCGCCGGCUUCGCCGUGUGAUGAUCGGAUGCUAGCUUCUCGGUACUGUUGGUUGGUGUGUAGGAAUUGCAGCGGAUUUUGUGUUGUUUCAUUGGUGGCGCCUCGGCUCGAUCGAUCAGCCUUUUGCCCAUUCGUGAUUUGUUCUUCGCUUGAGAGAGCUUAUUCAUCGAUCGACUUGAUUGCUCACUGAAUUCGUGCUGAAUAAAGAUAUGCCUGUCUCGAUUUUUUUA